AUGUCAAGGGACACAAUUAUAAAAGCGUACUUUGACCACGUCUACCCUUUCGCCCCAAUCCUGAACAGAACGGAUUUUGUUCGCAGCUACAGAUCGGGAGAUUGCUCUCUAUUUCUUCUUCACGCGAUAUGCACCGCCGCAAGCAAUUCCGUGCCCAUCGAAGUCAUCCACGGCUGCGGAUACGCCGAUCGUUCAGCUGCUCACACAGCUUUCUUCUCAAAAGCGAAGCUCUUUCACGACUUUCAAUGCCAAGGUGGUUCUCUGUCUAUGUUGCAGGGUUCCUUGAUCCUGGGCGCCAUCAUUCUGGACCAUCCUUCCGAUAGAGACUUUCAGUACUGGUUUCAUAAUUCAGUUCGGCGAGCAUCAAGAUUGGGUGUCCAUAACGUCAAUGCUCGCCCUCGUGAUGAAGCAUCGCGCAAGCUUUACCGCCGCAUUUGGUGGAGUCUGCACGUUAGUAUCUUGUCAAGGCUUCUCGUUUCAGAUGCUGACAAUCCAAAGAACAGAGACAUCUUCCACUUCUUCGUCAAUACUCAGAACCUACGGCUAUUGGUCACUGCUCCACCGAUAGAGCCGCUCACCGAAGAAGACUGGGAAGUUGAAGACGCACAUCAAUUAUCGGAUCUUAUAUCUCCGACGACACAUUCACAAAGAGCUUCUCUAAUGGUUCAUUGUGAGUUAGCCCAGAUCUUCGGCAGCCUGACAUCUACCAUUACGAGCGGAUCAUCGGAGGAUUUGCAGCGCCUGAUACAACCCCUUGACUCAUGGCGAACAUCAUUGCCUGCCAAGAUGAAGUCGGAUGAUGCUGGACUUGAAGGUGAAAUGUACUAUUCCGAGGCUUUGACCACUAGCUACCGUUUUGAGUGCAUUAUGUGUCGCUUACUUCGUCGAGGGCGAUGGCCUGUCAGAGACGAGACCGUUCGUGAGUGGGCCAAGGAACGCUUUCGGGCGGCUACUCUUGAGCUUGACUCUAUCCUUAAGAGGGUAUUGAUGGGUGACACAAUCAGAAAAAUGCCGACCACCUUUAUCACCACUAUCACAGCUCUCCUCGCGUUACACAUUGAGUCCGCCCUGGACCCAUCCGAAUCGGAUCUCGUACGAUCGAUGGCCCGUAUAUCGAUCCAGUAUACGAUGCUUGCUCUCAAUCAAAUCCAAGAUACACCGGCUAUCAAAAGGGCUUUACCCGCGUUCGAGAUGGUUCUGUCGAAGAACAAACUUUACCCAGCGUCAGUGGGAGACAGUCCACAGACUGCAAUACCUCUGGACAAUAAAAUUGGUGGAACCAUCGAGGUAGCAACCCAACCAAAUUCGACCUUCGCCGAAGAGGAGAACGAAAUGCUGCCGUUUCUGAGUGGCGACCUUUCAGGGUUCGAGUUCUUUGAUCGAUGGCAGAUGGAACAGUUGGACUUUACGGGGAUUUAUUAG